UUAAAGGGUUAAUAUCACCAGAACUGAAAGUGAAAGAAGCUUACGCAAGUUCCUCAAUUCUCUGCACUGUUUUUCUUCUUCUCCGGAGAUCUUGAAUUUCUAUAGGCUGUGUACAGCUUUCAGGACAUUUUACUAUAUUCCCGGGCUUAGAAAUGGGUAAUAAAACUUCCAAGCAUGGUAGUAAGAAAACUUCCAGAGGUGGUAAUACAACUUCUAGAAAUGGCAAUACAGCUUCUCAGAAUGCUAAUACAACAUCUAGAGAUGAUAAUACAUCAUCCAGAGAUGUUAAUACAACUUCUAGAGAUGGUAAUACAAGGUCUAGAGAUGGUAAUACAACUUCCACAGAUGGUAAUACAACUUCCACAGAUGGUAAUACAACUUCCACUGAUGGUAAUACAACUUCCACUGAUGGUAAUAAAACCUCUAGAAGUGGUAAUACAUCUUCUAGAGAUGGCAAUGCAACUUCCGGAGAUGAUGAUAUAACUUCCACAGAUGGUAAUAAAGCUUACAGAGAUGAUAAUACAGCUUACAGAGAUGAAAAUACAGCUACCAGUGAUGAUGAUACAGCUUCUAGUGAUGAUGAUACAGCUUCUAGUGAUGAUAAUACUGCUUUCAGACCUUAUAAUAAGACUUUCAGAGAAGAUAAGGAGACCCGGCAGUUUUACCGGCAGAUUUGUCAGUAUGAAGAUCACGUCCUGAGGAUGGCAUAUGAAUAUUUCCAAGAUGAUCUGCUCUACAUUGUGGAGAAUAUGAGUCUUCCAUCACUUCUGCAUGAGCUGAGUUCUCAAAAUAUCCGUAAUGUUGAGAAAUACCAGAGUCUAGAAGAUGAUAGAAGAACAUUGGCGCGGACAUUAAUACAGGACAUAUUUCUCAGAGGAAAAGAGGCAGUGAUAGGAUUGUGGGUCAGUCUGUAUGCAUUACGUCAUGGUUCCCCUGGCCUGGACGCUGUACUGGAUGAACUCCGUCAUACAGGUGACACUCUGGUAGAGCAAAUCCUACUGGAUGAACAUGGACACCAACUUUCCCCACAACUUGAAGAAUUUCAGAAGCAACACAAGAAACAUUUACAUGAGAAAACUGAGAAACUUAUAGAGAACAAACCUCCAAGAUGUGACCAACAAGAAGGAAUGUUUCCAUUCUCUACACGUUAUGUCAACCUCAUCAUUGUCUCCAGUGAUCACUUCAGAGAACGCUCUGAGAAUGAGCUCAUAGAGACCGGGGCAAAACAUGAGGAAUACUUAAAGAAAAAACACAAUGAAUUACAACGCAUCUAUCCGAACAAACUGUUCCGCUGGUGCCACCAAUCCAGACUUGUGCCACACGUGGUGAUGGUGAGCGGAGUGCCCGGUGUAGGGAAGACCACCCUGAUGCAGAAGGUUGUCUAUGACUGGGUGAAGGGGUGUCUCUAUCAAAGAUUCUCUUUUGUCUUUUUCUUCAAAUUUCGAGAACUCAACAGACUGGAUAAAGUUAGUCUGGAGAACAUGAUCCUUCAUCAGUACCCAUAUCUGUUGGAGCAGAUUGAGAACAUCUUACAGGAUCCAAAAAAACUUCUCUUUAUAUUUGAUGGUUUAGAUGAAAGCAUUCAUGACAUGUAUUUCACAUCAUAUAACUUGUGCACUAAUCCUAAACAGCCCGAACCUUGUGGUCAAAUUGUCGUUAGUUUGGUGAGAAAGUCUCUUCUUAAUGGUUGUUCUGUCCUAAUGACUAGUCGCCCAACCAGACUGGCAUCAAUUGAUUGUAGAGAUUUCCAUAGAAUAGCAGAAAUCACUGGGUUUUUACCAGAAGAGCGGCAGAUGUAUUUUGAAAAUUUUUUCCCCGACCAUGAACUGGCAGAAAAGGCCUUUAAUUAUGUGAAGCAGAAUGACACCCUGUACACAUUCUGUUACCUCCCGUCCUACUGCUGGAUCAUCUGUACAGUAUUAUCCAAGAGCUUCCAGCCAACAAGUAGUGAUCAGUCGGUGUCAUUAUUACCCAAAACCGUCACCCAGCUCUUUGCAAUAUUUGUCGCCAACAUCCUAUCCAAUCACAGCCUGCACAAAAGUGAUGCUCAGAAGAUCCUGCAGUCCAUUGGAUGGAUGGCAGAACAUGGAGUCAUGAAUCACAGCCUCAUCUUCGAUGAGCGAGAUCUGGAUUGUUUCCAUGUUGACAAAAAGUCAAAGCUCUUAUCAAGUUUUCUGAUGGAAUCGGAGGAACCUGUGUCCUAUUCUUUCUUACAUCUAACUGUUCAGGAAUUCUUCUCUGCCUUGGUGCAUUAUGCUGAUUAUUCUCCUAAAAAGUUACAGAAAUCGUUAAGUAAAGCCAAAUCCUAUCCUGAUGGACGUGGUGAAAUAUUCCUCCGUUUCCUGUGUGGUCUAUCGGACGGCUCCACCAGGUCAAUACUAACUGGAUACCUUGAUAAACAAACUACUCAGACAUCUAUAGAUGUCAUAACUUGGCUGAAAAACUUCAUUCUGAAAGAACAGAGUCUGGAGGAAAGUAAUUACAACAAGCAACGUAUUCUCAGUACUUUCUUCUAUCUGUAUGAAACCCGGAAUAAGACUCUAGUGCUGGAAUCAUUGAAACCACACAGAAGUCUUGACUUUUCUGAUGUUCGUAUAUCGGCUCUAGACUGCACAGUGUUAGCAUUUAUUCUGGACACCUGCACAAAUAUAGAAGAACUCGAUCUAAAUAACUGCUCCUUAGACAUUGAAGGAUUAGAAAGACUUACUCCAGCGUUACAUGACCUGCAGAAUCUGAGUUUGUAUGGUAAUAAACUACCAGACACUGCCUGCAUCCAGUUGGCAUCUGUAAUAAGGAAUAACCAGUCCCUGAAGAUACUUGACCUGUCGCAUAACCCGCUGUAUGGUCCUCACUUCAGUGACUUGAUGGAAGCUCUGUCCAGUCCAGCCUGCAGGAUAGAGGAAUUAUAUUUGGCUAAUAAUUAUCUACCAGGCAGUUCCUGCGUCCUGUUGGCUUCUGUAAUAAAGAAUAACGAGUCCCUGAAGAUACUUGACCUGUCUAAUAACUAUCUGUCUGGUCGUCACUUCAGUGACUUGAUGGAAGCUCUGUCCAGUCCGGCCUGCAGGAUAGAGAAGUUAUAUUUGUCCUAUAAUAGUCUACCAGACACUUCCUGUAUCCAUUUGGCAACUGUAAUAAGGAAUAACCAGUCCCUGAAGAGACUUGACCUGUCUGGUAACCGUCUGUCUGGUCCUCACUUCAGUGACUUGAUGGACGCUCUGUCCAGUCCAGACUGCAGGAUAGAGAAAAUACAUAUGCGGAGCAAUGAAUGGUCUGAAGAAGAGAAGAAAGCCUUAAGAGAACUGAAAACUCAUAAACCAAAUAUGAAGCUAAUAUACUGAAAAGAGAAGAAGCCUGAUUCCUGUCUGCGAUGAGCAGAUAACAGGACUUUCGAUGGUGGAUAGUGAUGAGCGGGAGGUGCCAUAUUCAAUUUUGCGAAUAUUCAAUUG